GGAAGACACCAGUCCUUGUUUCUCUGGGGUGCGCAAUGACUUCGACGUCCUCACGAACCGGCUGAUCGGCAGCCACGGCUACUGCACUCAGGAAUUGGUGAACUUGCUGUUGACUGGCAAAGCUGUGUCCAAUGUUUUCAACGAUGUGAUAGAGCUGAAUUCUGGAAAUGGAAACAUCACCAUUCUGAAAGGCAUCACAAGCCGCAGUGACAUUGGGUUGCUGUCUCUUUUUGAGCACUAUGACGUCUGCCAGGUUGGUUGUUACCUGAAGACUCCUAAAUACCCAAUUUGGUUGGUAUGCAGUGAAAGCCACUUCAGUGUGCUUUUUUGUCUGGAAAAGGAUUUACAAGGCGACUGGAAAACCGAGCGGAGGUUUGAUCUCUAUUAUUACGAUGGCUUGGCCAACCAAGAAGAAGAAAUACGAUUAACAGUUGACACGACUCAGAUGUGCACUGAAGAUAAAGAAAACGAUCUUACUCCUCCACUUGAGCACUGCAUUAGGACAAAGUGGCAAGGAGCUGUUAUUGACUGGAAUGGCACAGAACCAAUCUUGUGACUGACCCGACCUGCACUUUAUUUGCAAGAAAAAAAAAAAGGAAAUGACAGAAUUAGCACAUUCCUAUUCCCACCAAUACAGGAAAUAGGGCAGGAGUUCUGUGCCACUUAUGGUGAGGAAGAAUGACAUGGCUGUGUGCAGGCUGGAAGAGCGUCACCUUGUUCGCCUCAUGCUUUGGAUAUCUUGCUUAUAAUGCAAACAACACUUAGAUAAAUUCUUUGUUGAUGCCUUUAAUGUACAGUUUCAAUGUGUAGACUGAGAGUCUCCAAUGUCCAGUGACGGUUACGGGUAAAGCAGUGGAGUUGUCUAUGUCCCCUCGAGGUCCCUUUCUGGAUCAACUCUGUAUCCUGCAAUUGUUCCCAAAAAUCUGAUGAAAGGAGCCGAGCUGCUAUUUCUGUCCCUGUUUUGCCUUCCUGUACUGCCUCGUUCUUCACCUGCAACACUCCAGUGCCAGGAUGAAACAUCAUCCAAGAAAUAAAUAUUCACUUCAUUGCCAUAUAUUACUAAGUCCAAACCUAAGGCUGAACCUACUGGUAACCAUAUGGGCUACGGUUUACUUACUAGGCUUUAUUUACACCAAAGUGGCCAGUAAGUUCUGUGAUUUGCUGCUUGGAAACAGAAGUGAUGUUAGAUUGGAAAUGUGAAGGGCACUUGUCUGUGAUAUUUACUGUUAUUCAUGAUUAAAUAAAGUGCGUGGGAGAAAAUGGUGUACAGUGGAGAUGUACCACGAGGUACCAGAACAGCAGUUUGUAUUCUGAAAUGAACUUUUUAAGUGACAUAUUUUGGCAAAAAUUUACCAAAAUUGGAACGAGUUGUACUGUACUGAAGAUUGGAAAAAAAGGCUUUGGAAAAUAUUAAUUGCUAAUGGACAAGUUGCAGAGAAACAGUGUUUCUAGAAUUAUUUUUAUCUUUUGGGAGUGCAAUUAUCAUGGGAGUUUCAUAACAGACUUUUAAUUUUAUCACAGCACUCUCUUACUGCUCAGUAUGCAAACCUCUCUGAGCCCAAAUGAACCACUUGCUGUUUUCAAAAUCAAUUUCCAUCAGAAAUUCAGUGUUCUACUCCGUGUAGCUGGCAGAUACCAAGCUGCCUCUGCAGAUACAAAUCUCAGGGCACGUGAGCUAGAUUUGGAAACCAACCUGUGCAUGCUACCAGAAAAAAUGAGAUAGUUUGUGAGUAAGCACCAGGCCCUGCUUUGCUUCCUGCACUCAUCAAACUGUCUACACGUGGUAAAAUAUCUCGGCGCUGCCGUCGUUUUCAUUUUAUGUGAUGCUGUAUAAUGUAAUUUGUUUGUUUUAGGUCAGAUAGGCAAACUUCUUUCUGUGAACUUGGUGAGAUGAAUAUCUCCCUUUCAGCCUUGGCAUCAUGGAGAGCAUCAGAUCUGAGCCCAUUCCCAACUCCCCGUGGGCGCACUAUGUGACCUUUGCCAGCUCCCUACAUUUUACUGUACGUAGGGGGAUGUUUGCACAGCCAGCUGCAGGUGGACUCAAGGCUGCCUUUAUGAUGCAUACCUCACCUGACCUUUAAGAUCUCCAUUUUCUGGAUCCCAAACAUUCAAAGAUCCCAGUUUGGCACGGCUUGGACCUUGGAGUCAGCCAGGCCACCAGCUUGAAUUAAACACCUUUUUGUCUUGAAUUUUCCUAUCAACUACAGUCCCCCUGUGCUCAAUGGAGCAAACAGUCCAAGAGGGCAGCAAGAUCAUAAAAUAAGAUUUCUCAGAAUGCAUUUGGACAGAAAAUAGGGAAGAGAUGAAAAACGAUGGAAGAUUUUUGGAACUAGGUGUACCAAAAAUCCUCCUUUCUGGAAGUGUUCCUCUGGGAAGGAAGGGAGCUGCUGUGUUACUGCCCUGAUUUCAUCUGACUGGAAUAUGGAUGUCUCCAACGCAGAUAUGUGAUGAUGAGGAGCUCUUGCUCUGGGCUCCCUUCAGAGUAGGGUGUGAUUUAUCUUUUCUUAUGGACAAGAAGAAAUGUGCUCCUGACUGGAGGAUUAUAAACUGAGUAUAGAUGGAGCCCAAGGGGAUUGCCUCAGAUGAACUCCAUCCCUCAAGAUGUAAUAAUUUUUCAGGUUUUAAGAAAGAGUUGAAGAUUAAUGAGUAAGGCUUGGAAACUGAUAAUGUUUUAUGGUUUAUCUUGAAAGAUUAAUGAAGGUGGGAGGGAGCCCUGUACUCUGAUCCUCUUUUUAAAACAGCCUGCAAAGCCUUUAAGGCUCCAUUCUUACUGAUUACAAAUAAUAGUUCAAUUGAACCUUAAAUUUUAUUAUAACAGAAUCCCAUUGAGCCAGGUCUUCCUUACUCAUUAUCUGUAAUUACUUCUACACACAUUUUUCUGUAAAGUCCAUUGUCUGCCAUCUGUUUAAAAUUGAACUAACUCAAGAUUCACCUGUGCCAAGAAGUACAACACUUGGACCACAUUACUGAAGCAUUGCCUCUGCAGGGCAAUCCCACCAAGCUGGAGCACUGCAUCGCUGAGCUGCUGCCACCAGCUUUGCUCUUGAGGUUUCCUGUGGCUUCCUUCAAUAAAGAGGCAAUGAAAAUACUCACUUAGAUCUACCUCUUCAGCAGAAAAGCAACCAACCGAACCUCUGUCUAUUUCUGCAUCGAGAAAAAGCUCACAUAUUUUAAUCUGAUGAUAAAAGACAUGAAGCAAUUUGCCUUCAGGCAUCACGUAUCUUUUGGAAUCGAACGAUCAGACAAACCGAUACAAAACGUUAUGCAGCGAUGCAGAAACCUUUGCACAGACCUGUGCAGAAGCAUAUCCUGUUGUAGGAGCCUACAUCUAGCUUGUUGAUUAUGUUUUCCUUCUCAUUGUUUCCCGAUGUCAUUUUCACUGCCCGAUGAACGUGACUUCCUGAGGUGAACAAAGCAACUGUUUGCGAAUAGCGCAGUACAAGACACUGGCACUGGGCCUCUAUGUAUAUCUUAAAAUCAUCCUCUUCCCUUCUGUGCUAUGAAAAACACACCCUCUCACCCUCUGCUGAGACAUGACGCCUUAGCUUACAACAGACAUCACCUAUUGUAAAUCUGAGCAGAAGUGCUAUUUUGGUAAAGUGUCAGGAAUAUUGCCCUUGUGCAAAAUGUACAGUUAGCUUUGUUUUGUACAGAAUGCUGCCUACAA